AUGUACCGACAGUAUCUGUAUCAGCUGUCACUUUUAUCAGGUGUUAACGCCAGGGUUGAAAGUGACAGAGAGAAGAAUGAAUCGACUACGACAGAGACGCAGGCAUUGGUUAAUAACACCAAGUCGUCCCCACCAGUUGGCAUCCCACCCCCUCCGCAACCUCCUCCACUGCCACCUCCUUCUCCACCCUACCCUGGAACUUCAGAAGAACCGAUUUUGGAUACUUCAGAGGAGACAAAUCUACCCCAAGUGCACCUGUCUCUCCUAGGGGACACCACCAUGUCUGUAGGAACACUGGCAAAGAUUGUCAGAAUCUUUACCAGUAGUACAUUUACAGACACAAAAUUUGAGAGAAAUACAUGGAUGAGUGAUGCCUAUCCACGUGUGAAGGCUUUCUGUCAGGAACGAGGCUAUGAGUUUCAGGUGGUGGACAUGAGGUGGGGGGUACGAGAUGAAGCUUCAGAUGACCACAGCACAACAGACCUCUGUCUCCGGGAACUGGAAAUGUGCCAGAAACUCUCCACUGGGCCAAAUUUUGUGUCUUUGCUAUCUCACAAAUAUGGAUACCGGUCUCUGCCAAAAAGUAUAGAAGCAGAAGAAUUUGACAAAAUAUUUGCUGCUGUGAAAUCAAGUGUAGCCAAAAACUUGUUGAGCAAGUGGUACCUGAGAGACACUAAUGCUGUACCACCUGUAUACCUACUGUCCUCAAUCAGCAAGCAUCUCCCUGACUCUGUCAGUCCGGACAAGGAUGUUAGCAAGAAGGCGAAGCAGAUUUGGUGGGACGAGAGCGAUGCCAUGCAGGAGGCUUUAAAAACAGCAGCAGAGGAAGUAUUAGGGGAGGAAGAGGCCAAAAAAUAUGUCAUCUCUGUUACUGAGAAGGAGAUCCAGAUGGGGCUGUUAUCUGUUGAUAAAGCUGAAGUAGAGAGUGGCUGUGCAUGGUUUAGGAGGAAUAUCAAGGAUAUCAAUUUGGUGGAACCCAGCUAUCAGUUAUCAAGAUAUAUGGAAUGUUUGGGAAAUGAGGAGACGGUGAAACUGGCACAAGGACUUCUGACAGAUCUAAAAGAUAAGAAGAUGUCAGCCCAUUUACCAAGCCACAACAUCCUCACUUACUCAGUUCCAUGGACAGAAAAAGGUCAGUCAUAUUAUAUAUCCUGAUCUUGAUGAAAUUCAGGUAUAAAUCCAGAGCUGUUAGAUCAUCAGAAAUAUCUGAAAGAAAUGUCUGAAGACUUUGUCCAGAAAAUGAUGUCUAUGAUUACAAAGGGUAUAUCAGACCGAUCACCAUCAGACAGCAAUGAUCCUCUUGAGGCUGAGUGCCUACAGCAUAUCCACUUCUGUCAGGGGAAAUGUGAAAACUUCCAUGGAAGGGAGGCCACUCUUGAGGAGAUUCAAUCAUAUCUGACAAACUCAAGUCGGGUUCCACUGGUAAUACAUGGACAAUCUGGAUGUGGUAAAACCUCUAUCCUGGCUAAAGUAGCAUCUCUUGUGCCAAGCUCCUACACUGACGACCCAAGUAAACCUGCUGUGAUUAUCAGAUUUAUUGGGACAACUCCUGACAGUUCUAACAUCAUGAGUCUACUCACAAGCAUUAUCCAACAAAUCUACGCUCUCUAUGACAUCCACACAAAAAUCCCGGAGGUAGGAUCAGAUAUCAAACCACUGGUUAAGAUGUUUAAAUUUGCGUUGACCUUGGCUAAAAAUGUCCGACCUCUUGUGAUUCUUCUGGAUUCCCUCGACCAGCUCGAUCCAUCAAACAAGAGUCGUAGUCUGAAUUGGCUUCCAGCCCGUCUUCCUGCCAACGUUAAAAUCAUCGUCUCCACUUUGGAAGAUGCUGUGUAUGAAUGUUUCCCUGCUCUACAGCAAAAACUCAAGAAAGCAUCAACAAAUUUUGUAGCAGUCCCUGUUCUUGGCAAGGACGAUGUGAACAGUAUCAUCAGCAGCUGGCUGGAUGCUAAUAAACGUACACUGACUGUGAAUCAGAGAGAAACAGUAAUCAAUGCAUUUGACAUUUGUCCUAUUCCUCUGUUUCUCAAGUUGUCGUUUGACCAGGCUUGUAAAUGGAACUCAUUUUCCCCACCAGAUGAUGUGAGGCUGCAGUCUACCAUUAGAGACAGCAUUGACCUUCUGUUCUCCCAACUUGAGGUCAAACAUGGCAAAAUCUUGGUCUCUGAUGCUCUUGGAUAUUUAACUACAGCCACCAAUGGCCUGUCAGAGUCAGAGUUAGAAGAUAUUCUGUCCUGUGAUGAUGUUGUCCUUAAUGACGUAUACGUUUACUGGACGCCUCCCAUCCGUCGACUUCCACCUCUGCUCCUGGUACGACUGAGGACAGACUUGCAAGAGUAUAUAGUGGAGAGAGGAGCUGAUGGCAUUCGUGUACUGUACUGGUACCACCGACAGUUUAUAGAGGCAGCAAGGGAGCGUUACUGUGGAGAUACAGUCAUACAAAACCUUCACCAAGGUCUGGCAGAGUUCUUUAGUGGAAAGUGGAGCAAUGGAAGUAAGAAGCCAUUUACUGACAGAUCAGGUAAUGCUGGGUUGGAGGACCGUCACUCCUCAGUUCAGCCAUUAAGACAUGGAGACAAGUACAAUUUGAGGAAACUUAACAAUCUUCCCUUCCACCUGACCAUGGCCAGAAAUCUGGAGGACCUUAAAGAACUCUGCUUAUUGCGCAUAGAUUUCCUACAAGCCAAGAUGUUGUCUUCCUCCCUCAGGAGUUUAAUGUCAGACAUACACCUAGCUCGGAAGGAGUUUCCGGAAGACUAUGCUAUCAACACCCUCCAUGACGGCAUCCAACUUUCCAUGCAGGCUUUAGUGUAUGAUCCACAGCAGUUGGACUUACAGCUCCGCGACAGGCUUGCUGGUGACCAGGAUGAAGGACUAGUGAAGCUAUGUGAGCAGUGCAAACACAUUUCUAGACCACACUUACUGCCUGACCAAGAGAUAUUGACUAAACCAGGUGGUCAGUUAGUCUACAUGCUGUCUGACCACACAGCAGAGGUAUCUGAUAUGGACAUUAGCAGGGAUGGCAAGACCAUUGUCACAUGUGCUGAUGAUGAGGAUCAGAGUGUUAAGAUAUGGAAUUUAGAGGAUGGAACUUUGAUCAAGUCUUUCAACAAGCUAGGUAAAACCCCUUCAAAGGUGCGAUUCAUGGUCAACGAUUCACUCAUCCUGGCUGAAUACGAGGGAGGCAAAGUGAAAGCAAUCCAGCUCACAGGUGAAGUGGCCUAUACAUUGCCUAAUGUGACUGAAUACUGGGUCGGAGGGCAGGAGAAAGAUAUACUCAUUAAACUGAAGGAUGAUGCCGCUGUUUUGUAUAACGCCCUCACAGGGGACAGAAAGUCAAGGGUGAAGACAAAGGGCAAGCGUUUGUUUGCAGAUGGUGUUGAUAAUCUGGUACAUGGAUCUGGACGCUAUAUGGUGGUUGUUGAUGUAGAACUAUACAAAGUGUCCUUGCUUGAUCUUGAGAAAGAAGAGUUUUCACAUUGGAUUGAAGUGUUCAAAAAACCUCCAGUUGGUGCAGAUUUACCAAACUUGAGUGUAGACAUGGUGUGUGUCUCACCAGACGAGAAAAGUUUUGUUGUUACAAGCAUAAUAGAUGGGGACUUUAUAUUCUACAGCACAGAAACACUCCAGAAGACCAGAGUCAUGAAAGGAAAUACAGAUGAUAUUGGACAGUCGUUAGGUUUCACUCCCGACUGUAAAUGGCUAUUCUUCUCCAAUCACAACAAUGUCAUAGUGUACAACCUUGAGACAGAGGAGAGACAAAAGACCCUUCCUCACCUAUCUGCUGUCAGGAAGGUCAUGUGUGCUUCAUGGAAGAUUUUGGUUACUCUGUCUGAGGAAGACAAUUCCGUACGUGUCUGGGACAUGACACGGCCAGAAAAGCUAAAAAUGGCUGACAGAACAGCUCUGGGCAUAUCAUGCAGUUGUUAUUGCACUCUGCCAAACCCGCGAUUUUUCGCCAUGGUGGUACGCACUAAAAAUGAAGACUACAAAGUUGGUGCUAUCCUGGUGUAUGAUUUUGUGACUCGGAAGGUCGUACGUCAUGGAACGUUGAAAACAAUAAAAGUAUUGGAUCUAUGA